GACCUGCAAUAAUGAUGAAUAUAAAUCAUAAAAAGGAAGAUUUGAAACUGUACUGGAAUAAAAUAAACUAUGCCUAUCCAAUUCUCGAUGAUAAAAUUUUCAGCGACUGUACUGAGGCUGAAUACGAUGAAGUGCAAGUGUUAAUAGUUAAUUUGGGUGUCCAAAUAAAGAUACGUGAUCUUGUAUUUGUUCAUAUUGAGAAAUAUCUACGACAACAUGUCGCAUCUAGUUUUUGGUCAAAAUAUAUUAAGACCGCGGAAGAAGUUAAAGGAUUUCAACUAUUUAAAUCUUCAGUGAAUGAUCUCUAUGAAGCAGUUUCUAGUUUCUCACCCAUGUUACAAAGAUUGACUAAAUUGAACAGUAGUUGUAAUGAUAAUAAGUUAAUUUAUGGCGAGAAAAAUCUUGUAUUAGGUUUUAAGCAGCUCGUCCGAGCUACUCUUCUGUCUCAGUUACCCAUCGACUUUCAGUGUAUUAUAAACCAAUUCUACAAAAUAUCUUUUAAUGUUUUCGAUAAUGAAUAUGAAAACUCCGACAUGGGCGAGGACAUAAUGUGUUCUGGUUGUGGAAACGAGUAUUCCGAUUGUAACUGUGCAUACAUUGUGAAAGUAUUUCAUGAAACAAAUAGGAAGUUGGUGGAGUUACAAUUGUUAGAAAGACUCACAGGUCAAGUUCUAACUAAUUUCAUCCAGUUGAGAAUUCAGUCUCAUAUACAGAAAGUAUGUACUGGCACUUUUGAUGUGUCCCACAUUGAAGCAUUAGAAAGUUGGCUUAAUACGACAGUAAUGUCUUGGUUGAUCAGAAUUUAUUGUGCUGGCUCCUCAAAACCUCCACCUGAUGAUAAAAAUAUACAAAAUGCAAUCUCAAGAUUCAAACAGAAACUCACAUACUAUCUCUAUCAUAGCUACACAAAAACAAGAAUUGAUCAGCUCUUCAACAUCAUAAUAGAAUAUCCUGAUUCCCAGCCUGCUGUUGAUGACAUCAAAAUUUGUUUAGCAAAAACAGAUUUGAGACCAACUCUAUGUAAAAAGUUACAGAAUGCAUUAGAAACAAGGCUUCUUCACCCAGGCGUGAACACUCCUGACAUACUCACUGCUUACAUAUCUACUAUUAGAGCUUUGAGACACCUAGAUCCUUCUGGUGUUAUACUGGAAACAGUGACAAAACCUGUUCGUAAUUAUUUAAGAAGUAGAGAAGAUACAGUGAGGAGUGUUGUGAGCAGUUUGACAGAAGAAGGUGCUGGUAGUGAGUUAGCUGAAGAGCUAGCUAAAUUUGCAGCAGAAGGAGAUGAAGGAGAUGGCGAUGCCGAUAAAGAUGAGGCUUGGGAUGAAUGGAAUCCUGAUCCAGUUGAUGCUGAUCCCAAAGUUGAUUCAAAUGACAGAAGAACUAAUGAUAUUAUAUCUAUGCUUGUUAAUGUUUAUGGUAGCAAGGAAUUGUUUGUUAAUGAAUAUAGAACUUUACUAGCUGAUAGAUUACUGGCUCAAAGUGUUAUCAAUACAGAAAAAGAAAUUAGGUACCUGGAGCUAUUAAAAAUAAGGUUUGGUGAAUCACAAUUACACUUCUGUGAAGUCAUGCUUAAAGAUAUAUCAGAUUCAAAGAGAAUUAAUUCCUUAAUACAUCAGGACAAAACCAUUGAGGAGCUGAAUAAGAAAUUUACUUCUAAUGCAAUGAUUUUAUCUGCACAGUUUUGGCCACCAUUUAAAGAUGAAAGUCUGGAAUUACCAGAAGAAAUCAAGGAACAUUUUGAAGCAUACACUAAAUCUUAUGAAGCUUUAAAAGGUAAUCGAACAUUAAGCUGGAAACCACACCUUGGAAAUGUAAACUUAGAGAUAGAAAUAGGCGAAAAGAAGUUAGAUCUGACAGUUUCACCUUUUAAUGCGACAUUGAUAAUGCAUUUCCAAAAUAAAUCUGAAUGGACGUUAGAUGAACUCCAUCAGGUGAUGAAAGUUCCUAUUACUAUUCUGAGAAGGAAAAUAACGUACUGGCAAUCGAUGGGUUUAAUAGCAGAAAAAAGUACAGAUCACUUUGUUUUAGUUGAGGCUGAUAAUAAAGCCAGUGUACCUUCACAUCAAGUACAGGAAAUGAUUUGUGAAGAUGAAGAAACUGAGAGUGCCAUGGCAUCAGCACAUGAUCAGCGGGAAGGUGAACUGCAAGUUUUUUGGUCUUAUAUUGUAGGCAUGUUAACAAACUUGGACUGUUUGCCUUUGGACAGAAUACAUCAAAUGUUGAAGAUGUUUGCUUCCCAAGCUCCAGGCACUGAAUGCAGUCUUAUGGAGCUGAGACAAUUUUUAGACACAAAAGUAAGAACACAUCAACUGGUACUUCAAGGAGGCAUGUACAAAUUGCCGAAGACAUAGAUGUUAAUAUUUAUCAGAAAUAAAAAAGAACUUGAAAGUUAACAAAACUUUAUUUUCACCUUUUAUAUAUUA